AUGACUCACCGAGUCUUCCCAGGUCCUGUGCGGUGCCGUCGAUUGAGUCCAACUCCCAGUGUCGGCCUCCACUUCUCCUUCUUCUUCCUCGGCGAGAAAAUGGUCUCGCCGUCGUCAUCCUCCUCCUUUCCCUGGAGCGACGAGCUCAUCCCCUGCCGCGGCAUCUUUCCUCGCUCGCCUGGGUGCGCUGCACAAAUCCCAUUUUCUUCUUGUUUCAGCGGCUUCUUCUUCUCUGUCGCCGACGUCGCGGUUCGAACUGCCACCAAUCGUCGUUUCCUCCUGCGACUUGCAACUCCGAUCGCUCUUGCUUCUUCUCCGACAUGGCGUUGUUCUCCGGUGAGACAACCCGGUAGCUCUUCGCCGCCUCUUCCAUCUUCGUCAACUUCUCUUUCUUCCUAA